UAAAAACCAUUAUGUCAUGGUGAUGGAGCGGCCUAGUCCAAGCAUGGACCUGGAGGCAUUCCUUGAAGUCAGCGGUGGAGUCCUCAGUGAGAAAACAGCACAUACCAUCAUGAGGCAAGCUGUUUAUGCGGCCAACGUGUGCUGUUACCGCGGGGUGUUCCACCGGGACAUUAAGCUUCAAAACCUGCUGGUGAACCCCGACACACUGGAAGUCAAGCUGAUCGACUUCGGGUGUGGAGACUUCAUGAUGGAAUCAGCCUACAGUCUCUUCUCUGGCACAGAAGCGUACAUCCCGCCAGAGUUUUAUGAAAAAGGAUGCUACCGGGCCAAACCAGCGACGGUCUAUUCUCUUGGGGUUCUUCUGUUCACAAUGCUCCAUGGAGAAUUCCCAUCAGCGUAUGACCUGUACUACCUCCAACAUGACUGGUCCAAAUUUACCCUCUCUCAAGGUGAGAUGUUCAUCAAAGAACAAUUAAGUGAAACAGCUUAACAAUAAUAAUAACAAUAACCUCACCUCUCCAUUUCUUCUUCACAGAAUGCUGUGAUAUGAUGAGGGCUUGUCUGCAUGAGAAUCCAGAGUGCAGAAUUCCUCUAGAAGAGAUGCCUUACCACGACUGGUCCAUGCUGGAGUUCUGAGUCACAUUAGCAGAAUGUUUUGUAUAUUUGAUUUUUGUACAUGUCUGUAAUAAAGAUAUAUUUUAUUGAACUCA